AUUAGAUGGACGCUGGGUGCAGCAGCUGCUAUAUAUAACCUUCCAGGAACCUCCGGCGGACACUCCUGACUUCUAUCAACUCGGAUCACGGUACAUUGGCAAAAUGAAGAUCUCAUCGUACUUUUGGCUCGUUGCCAUAGUCCUGGUUCUCAUCGCCGUCUCCCACGUCCAUUCAAAGAAAGGCAAAGGUCAUCAUCACGGUAAAAGCAAGGGGAAGCAUCAUCACAGCGCAGCAGCCAAGUGCUUUAAGGAAUGCAAGAAGGACUUCAUGAAAUGCGGCGCAAUGGUUUGCAAGAAAAAGGACGACAAGGGUUGCACGACACUCGAGGAUUGUAUGAAGCCGCGAAAUAGAUGCCUGCACAAGUGCUGCGUGGAGUUUCCCCCUCCCGUCCUCAGGGCCUGCCGCAACGGAUGCCAGAGCAUCAAGGACGAGAAGGCCAAGAAGCACUGCAUGAAGCAAUGCCACCAUUUGUUUACCAAAAGAGAUUCGGACUACGAUAGGCUGAUGGAUGACAUAGAUUUUAUUGAUGUUUUGUGAACUAGUUUGGUUGACAUUUGAACUAAAUCCUGAGAUUCAAAUGUGUACAAUACGAGUAUCUGCGAAGUCAGUCACAUCACGUCCCGUUCCAAAUAUCAUACAAUGUGUCUAAUUCAUUCGGAUGAAUAAUCUAAAUGGACUGCAUGACGGACGGAACAUGGCAGAGUUUACAGUAGCUGUCUUCCAGGUCGCUGAGAUGUGCGUCUUGAGAUAGACAGGCCAGGGACACCCUUAAGCAAUCAUUUUCUUAAUCAAGUUACCAUAGGGUUUCACUUUGGAAGUUCGAAACUGGCCGUGUGUCAGAUUUUUAAAUGACAGUUUCAUUUCAGUCUUAAUUUUGGGGAACACAGGGAUAUGGUGAGCAAUCAAAAAAUGUAACAUCGGACAACCAUGGAUGCAGGCUAGCAGGUUAUCUCGUCUUCCUCAAUCCUGGAACUUGCAUGUUUUGCAAUCAGAGAGAAUUGUUCAAUCAAGGUUUUAAUAAAAUUUGAUAUCA